AUAAGUAAUUAAGAUAAUAAAGAACUUGGCCGUCUUCAACGAGCAGAAACAAAAUGAAUUUGGAGUGCAUAUCCAGAAAAUGCAUAAAACCAUCAUCACCAACGCCUCCAAACCUUCAAAUCUUCAACAUGUCUCUUCUGGACCAGCUUUCCCCUAACCUCCGAGACGCCGCCACCAUCCACUGCAACGACCAAGGAGCCUUCUUCAUCCAAUCACGAACCCAAACACCUCUCUCUCAGAUCCUCUCCCCCCCUAACUUCGAUGUCAUCCAGAAUCUUCUCCCUACCACCCACUCCGACUCCUUGCUCCUUGUCCGCUUUACCUUGUUCGGUUGCGGCGCCACCGCCAUCACCAUCUCCCUCACUCACAAGAUCGCUGACUUCGCAGCCUUGAUCACUCUCCUCAAGGCAUGGACCGCCGCCUGCAUUGGCGGAGACACCCAGCCGGUGGUCCCCGAACUCGCCAUCGGAUCUGCUCUCUUCCCUCCGAGAGAGAUUCUUCCCGCCGGGAUGUCAGCCUCCGUGAAGAUCGCGGCGGAGAAGUUCACGACGAGGAGGCUGAUUUUCGAGUCUUGGAAGGUAGAAGAGCUGAAGAAGAGGGUGAAAAGCGAGCUUCAGUUUGAGGCGUCGAGGGUUGAGGUGGUGCUUGGUCUCAUUUGGAGAUGCGCAUUGUUAACUUCAAAACGUAAAACGCCUUCAACCUUGUUCCAGGCAGUGAACCUGCGACGACGAAUGGAACCUCCGAUUCCAGAGACGGCGUUGGGGAACUUGGUGUGGGCGUUUGCAGUGACUGUGGAGGAGGAGUGCGAGGUAGAGUUGCAGGUGGUAGUAAAGAAGAUGAGGGAUUGUUUGAAGGAAUUCAUGGAGAGGAAAGGCGAAAGGUUGAAUAAUUCAGAAGGUAGGUGUGAGGUGGUGAUGGAGGAUUUGAAGGAGAGGGGUGAGAUGUUGAAGAAGAGUGGUAGUGUGGUGUAUAAGUGUUCGAGUUGGUGCAAGGUUGGAUCAUCACUGUAUGAGGUUGAUUUUGGGUGGGGGAAGCCGCUUUGGAUGUGCAGCGUCAACAACAUAGUGAGUAACACCGUUGCUUUGAUGGAUACAAGGGAUGGGCAUGGCGUCGAAGCUUUUGUCACCUUGGAUCAUCAACACAUGGAUUCCUUUCAACAAUCUCAGGAACUCCUUCACUAUGCUUUGCUUAAUCCCCCUCUUCUGUAAUCAUGCCUCUAUCCCAAGUUUAAAAUAAAAUCAGGGACAAAUUAAAGA